UGGAAGAAUAGAUGAACUGCUAUAAGAAAACCAGACUGGUUUCAUAGCUUUGGAAACACUACAACAUAGAAAUGCAUCUCCUUCACCAGCAGCUUCCUCUCUCAUUUCCAUUCCUCAUCCCUUCAAAAUCUCAUUUCAGCUCCAACUAGACAUGGACUUGGGUUGUUCCCUGAGCACGGAUGGCUUGGUCCCUGUCUCGUCUGACCCCAAUGUUCUCAUCCCCUCCUUUUUUCCCUUGGACUCCGAACCCAGCAAGCAAAGGGGGCUGUUUCAAUCCAGUUUCUCCAAGCAUGGAAGAUCUGUCGUGGUUGAGGAGGAUGAUGAGUACUGGACUCGUUUGAAGACGGCUAGAGGGGAUCCAAUGCUCACAUCAACAAGCAAGGCGGCAACUUGCCUCCUUGGAUCCGGCUCUCACUCCCUCUUCCCUGAUGGAGAGCAAAUGCUGAACUUUUCUUCAUGGAAAUCAGAUGCUCUGGUGCUCAAUAAUCAUUGGAACUCACCUUCCUUCAACCAUCCUUCAUCAUCUUCAGCUUACCCUACUUUCAGGAAUGCAGGAGCGUGCUCUGGCAAUCCAACCCUUAACAUUCAAGGAGCUGUGUCUGAGAUCAGUGGACCCUUCACCACUUCUCAGUGGUCAGAACUGGAGCAACAGACUCUGAUCUACAAAUAUAUUGAUGCAAAAGUUCCAUUACCAUCUAAUUUGCUCUUGUCAAUCAGACGAAGCAUCAACCCUUCUGGGUUGUCUUCCUUCAUUGCUGGAACUUAUAGACCAGCAGGCACAUUGGGAUGGGGAAAUUUCCAUCUGGGUUUGGCUGGAAGUGCUGAUCCGGAGCCUGGCAGAUGCCGUCGAACAGAUGGGAAAAAAUGGCGGUGUUCGAGGGAUGCAGUUGUGGAUCAGAAGUACUGCGAGCGACACAUGAACCGUGGUCGCCAUCGUUCAAGAAAGCGUGUGGAAGGCCACAAUGGCCAUGCUGCCAAGGCUGCUGUGCCUGCUGCCAUUACUUCGUCGCAAUCGGCAUCGGCUCUUUCCAGUGGUGGUUCUUCUAAUAAUCUCGCCGUGGCUCAGCAGCAGAGCAAAAACAUACAACCAAGCUUCACGGAACCUUCAUCUCUGCAAUUGGAUAGGUUACUGAUGAACAGAGACAAUACAAAUGUACAAAGACAAGAUGCCAAAGGCCUCUCCGUGCUGACUGAUGUAAACUCAAAAUCCACAGGUACCUUGUUGCCCAUGUCCAAACAACUAAAUCCCUUUGAAGAAACUUCAACCCGUGUAGACUUGGGACUUGUAUCAACUGAUUCUGUACUUAAUAAUGAAGGGAACUGCUCCUCAGAGAAUCUCAGUUUUGUUUUUUAUCACUCUGAAAUGAAUGAUCAGCACACUCGAUCCCAUCCCUUUCCCUUCCGACAUUUUAUUGAUGACUGGUCCAAAACACCAUCUGAUGGGAUGGAAAAGAAGCAAUCAAACAGAACUGAACUCUCCAUUUCAAUCCCCAUCUCCUCCUCCGCCAACCAAGACAAGCUGUCAUUUUCCCCUCUCAGGCUAUCUUGUGAGUUCAAUCCUACGAAUGAUGGCACCCAAAGGGGUUUAAGUUGGAUACCCAUUUCGUGGGAGCCAAACAUUGGCGGACCUCUUGGGGAGGUUUUGACCAACACGAGCAGUACUACCCCAAAGGAUCUUAGUAGCAAUUUAUCAGCUUCAUCUCUGAACCUCAUGACUGAUGGGUGGAACUCCAAGGCUAGAUUUGAAUCAUCGCCCACAGGAGUGUUGCAGGAGUCUGGCUUUGGUUCGUUGUCCAGCAGUGCAGGAAGCAGCCCCCGGGCAGAGAACCAUAAGGCUCACGAAAGUGAUGACCUACUUGGCUCAACCUUUGUGAAUUUAUCAACGAACCCCUCGCUCUAAGUCUCUUCUGCGUCACCACCGAUGAAGAUGAUGCAGACUGAUCUGAAGAGUUGAGGAAUGGAGACUGCAGCAGAGACUGAUUGAUUGAUGUUUAAAACUGUUUGUUUUAAAAAUCAUAACUACUUUGGGAUGAAAUCCAUUCGGUUCUGUAUGUGUUUCUUCUUUUAAACUGCUAUGCACUCCAGUUUUCUACUACAGUUGCAUGCUUUUUUUCUGGCACUUCAGGCUUUGAUUUUCUCAUGCUCAACAAACAGUUGCAGGCUUUUUUUCUUUCAUCAUGAAUUGCGAGUAUCAUUCUGCCUGCGCAUUUAUUAUGAAUUUCUGUAUAUGUUUAAAAAAUGAAAAAAAAAGAAAUAAAAACUACGAGAAUCUCACCUUC